GCGUCUCUUUGCGCGGUCUCGUGACUUCCCCCUUCCAUACCACUGACCCCAAAUCCACACUCUCAUCAUCAUUGUGCCACCUCAUCCUCACCCCACAUUCCCAUUUGCAUCUCAAUUCAUUCUGCCCGCCUCUCUUUCGUACUCGAGGUUUGGAAAGAAUACACGAACCUGGUACGCGAGCCAGUUUGAGGAAGUAUCCAUACUCCCACCAUGGCGCCUCCAAGGCAGGCACAGGCGCCCUUCGCCAAGGACGAGCGCGUGCUCUGCUUCCACAUGGAAAUGUUGUAUGAAGCAAAGAUACUGGACGUGCAACAGAGCGAAACUGGAGAGGGAUGGCAGUACAAGAUCCACUACAAGGGCUGGAAGAGCAGCUGGGAUGACUGGGUGCCCCAGGACCGAGUUCGCAAGUUUACCGAGGAGAACAAGGAUCUGGCCUCCCACCUCAUGGCCACAUUCAAGAUGCUUCAGUCCGGCAAGGCUGGCAAACAGAUCAAGAAGGGUGGUAAGACUACCGGCUCCGACCUCAGCUCCACGCGCGGCAGUGAAGAGCGCAUGCCUGGGACGGCGAUGCAGACUGGCAGAGGUCCGCGGAGGGCGAGGGAUUAUGACCUUGAGCAUGAGGAUUCGUUCCACUCUCGUCCUUCGAUCAAGCUGGUUAUGCCAGAUCACCUGAAAGCUCUCCUGGUUGACGACUGGGAGAACGUGACUAAGAAUCAGCAACUCGUGCCUCUCCCGCACGCCCAUCCCGUCGACGAUAUCCUCAAUGAUUACCUCGCCAACGAGCGCCCAAAGCGCGAGGAAGGGAGCGCUUCCAUGGACAUCCUCGAAGAGGUCACUGCCGGGCUUCGCGAGUAUUUCGACAAAUGCCUGGGUCGUAUCCUCCUCUACCGAUUCGAGCGAGCGCAGUAUCACGAGAUGCACGAGCUCUGGGUCUCUGGCGACGCCGAAUCCAAGCACAAGAGCGCAUGCGAUACCUAUGGCGCGGAGCACCUGUGCCGCCUCCUGGUUUCUCUCCCAGAGCUCAUCGCGCAGACCAACAUGGACCAACAGUCGGUCAACCGCCUCCGCGAGGAGCUGACCAAGAUGACGGCCUGGCUCGGCAAGCACGCUACCAAAUACUUUGUCAAUGAGUACGAGACUCCCGGUCAGGAAUACGUGGACAAGGCACGAAGCGCUUAGGAGCCGCGGAAGCCUUCCAACGGUCUGGAGGGGCGCCAGGCUUAGCGCCCGCCCGCUCGCCCGUGUGGUUGAGAGGGGUCCCUCUCUUAGGAAAUCUCGAGCUGGGCUUGGGUCUCUCACAGCCAUCGAGGAAUAUGACAAAGGGAUGGAGUAUGGUCAGGCAGGGGACAGGGCCUUUUUUUUUUUCCUUUUCCGUUCAAGGAUAGUACAUGGAAACACUGCGGCUGGGUGGGGUUGGUUCUGAGGAUGAUUUCCCCCUUUUUGUCCCCAUUUGAGGCAGAGGUAGAUCGUUUUUUACUACACCACAAAUUCGCUAUAGUCGUAGCUAGGUGGCAGGCAGUUCUUACCAGGCCAGGGCACAGAGAGGUCGGAACCUCGCAUGGUAUCCCUUAGGCCAUGAAUACAGAAGACAGAAAAUUACCUCGAC